AUGGCUGUCGAUCCGAAGAAGAAAAGCACGUAAGUACAAUUCAUAUGUAUGAAUAGAACAAGAAUGCACCACGAAAUAUGAAAAUCGUGGCAUUAAAGUGAAUGUGUGUGGUUUUUACACUCUUCUCAUAUUUAGGAAGAGUUUACUGCUCAGAUAGGUUGGCGAUAAAUUUGUGUAUAAAUGCAAAUUGGCUUAAAAUUCUGAUUUUCAUAUUUAGCGAAAAUAGCCAUGGCAACUGGUCAUAAUUUUCGCUGAUUAAAUUUAAAUAUCAUUAGGAGAUAGCAUACUGCGGGUAACUUUGCUCCUGCUGAUUAUAAAGUGGCUUGCUAACUAACUAAAUGGUCUUUUGGAUAAUCUAGUGCAGCUUGCUGUACACCCAGCCUUGUUUACAUCUUAACACAGGGGAAAAUGGUUGGAAGUAUUAAAAAUGAUACAUGCUUGCAAAGAUUUCAUCUACGUUUAUUAUCCAUAAAACCUUUAGAGUAUCGCAUGGAUAGAUUCCAGGUAAGAUGCAAACAAGGCAUACAGGGCACAUGUUAAGGUAUAAAAUAUUUCUUCACAUCAAUCAAUCCUGAACAUAUCUGUUUCUUAAAAUUGCAGCACUCAGAUGGAGUGGACAAAAGAACAUGACAUCUUUCUGCUGAGGGAAAUGCUAGCUUCCGAUAUAUUUCACUACAGAAAAGGAAGCCCUGACAGGGGGAGAAUUUGGGACGAAAUAGCAGACAGGCUUAAUGCAACAAAAGAUAUGGUCUUUCAUAUAAAGGAAAAGAGAUCUGUUCGAGAUAGAUGGAAUUUACUUAAGAACAAGUUCAAAAAGAAUAGACGUGAAGAAGAAGCUGCAAGCGGUAUUGAGGUGGACGAGCAGGAUGAAAAAGAUAUAUUGAUAGAGGAGCUCACCGAUCAAGAGGAAACUACGAAAGAAAGCAUAGGAAACAAAGAAAAGGCAGAUAAAGUUGCUGCAGAAGAUGUGAGAAACAAAGCCCUGGAAAGAUUGGGAGAAACUAAAAAGAGAAAACAAGAAGUUGAUGGUAAUGAUGUAACCAAGAACACCAGAGUAAGAAGAAGUACAGAAGGUGCUUUAACUUUUUUGAAAGAGAAAGCUGAACAAGAGUUAGAGAUAAGAAAACAAGACCAAAAAUCCAACAGCAAGCUCAACAUCAACAAAUACAACAGCAGCAACAGAUUAUGCAGAUGGUCCAAGCCCAGAACGAGCAAAUGCAAAUGAUCCAACAACAGCAGAUGCAACAAAACCAAUCUUUAAUGGCACUACUACAAAAGGUUAUUACUCAUCAACCAUAACUAUUAAUCACACACUUCCAUCAUUUUUCCAGGUAACUUGUGUUGAUGUUAUUUUUUGUAUUAAAAUGUUAAAGAUGCUGUAAAGUCC